AUGGCACUUUUGAAGGUCUGGGGAGAAGAAUGUUAUGGAGCAAGUGAUGGAGCUUCGAGUCUUCCUAUAUGUUUGCCUCUCUGCAUGACUGCAAUUUAUGCUGGGUCUGCUACCAGAAUUGUGACCAAAAGUGUGGGCGCGGGUAUGGACCAAAGUAAGUGGCCAACCCAGACACCUACAAAGAAGCGGACACGAGAGGAAACGAAGAAUGUUUUAAUUCAACCAAAAGAUACAAUAACAUACAUGGUUCACGAGUAA